AUGUUUCCUAAAUCUUGUGAUGAAUUAUUUUAAUGUCGUCUCUUCAAAAAAAAGUUUUUGGGAACUUCUGCAAGAUAUUUUUAUGUCUUUUUGGAUAAAGUUGUUGUAAAUAAGGUAAAAUAGUGAGUAAAUUCAUUUAAUAGGAGUCUAAUCGUAAAAGAACAGAUCGUGUUUUUAAUAUAGAAAAUACUAACAGAAUUAUUUGGAAAUACACGACAGAACAACCAAUCAAAUUGAAGGGAAUCACAUUAGACAAUGGUAAUUAACAAUAAGAAUACUUUGGAGAAGAUGAUGUACUUCGUGAAUUAAAAAGACAUAUUUCUAAGUUAUUCUUUUAGGCUAAAGUUCAAGAGGAAUAUGUGGCUAUUCAAGUAAUUGGAUAAGGAAAUUAUGCUUUAGUAUAAAUUUAACUCAUUUAAUAUUAGGUUCUUGAAUUAUAACAUUUACAUUCAAAUCAAAAGUUUGCUUCAAAAUGUAUAGAUAAGAAAAAAUUAUAGGCAAUUGAAUAAGGAAUGGUAAUUAAUCUAUUUAUAUCCUAUAGGAAUCUGUAAUGAAUGAAAUUUAAAUAAUGAGAAUUUUAAGUCCCCAUGAGUAACUCAUUAAUUUGAUUGAGGUCUAUGAAGGAGAUAAUAAUAUUUAUUUGAUAAUGGAUUUGGCUUAGGGAGGUAGUUUAUAUAAGGAAAUGAAAAAUAAGUUGACCUUAUAUAGUAGAUAAGAAGUCUAGAAAGUAAAUAUUAUAAUUUAAAUAAAAGAUUAUGUAUUAGAUAUUAUCAGGAUUAAAAUAUAUUCAUUCUAAAGGAAUUAUGCAUAGAGAUCUAAAACCAGAAAAUAUUCUCUUCAAAGAAAAGGGGAAUCUAAACACUUUAACGAUUGCUGAUUUUGGUUUAUCUGUUAAAGUUGAUUCAUAUCCAUAUCUAUAUCCUAAAUGUGGAACUCCAGGAUUUGUAGCCCCAGAAAUUGUAAAUAUGAUAGACAAAACUUAAUCCUAUACAACAGCAUGUGAUAUAUUUUCAGCUGGAGUUAUUUUCCAUAUUUUGUUAUUGGGAGAAGGCUUAUUUAUUGGAAAUGGACAUUAAGAGAUUUUGAGUAUGAACAAAUAAUUCUAAGUUGAUUUUGGAAGAAAUAAAUAUCAAUAAUUAGAUUCAGAUGCCAGAGACUUAUUGUAUUGUAUUAAAGACUAUUAUUAGAUUUAAGAUGAUAGCCUAAGAUGCUGAACAAAGAUACACAGCAACAUAAUGUCUUAAUCAUACAUUUUUUUAAAAUGAAAUGGUUCCAUAAUUAAAAUUAAAAAUGUAAGAUUUUAUUAUUUAAAAAUUAGUUAAGAGAGUCCAACUAAAGUUACUUUUGAUCAUUAUUUAGAUACAUACAAUAGUCCUGAUUAAAAAUUAAUGAAUAAGGAUAAAAAGAAUUUAUCAAUUGUUACUCGUACUCCCAUAUAUGCUCCUAAGGCUAGCACUCCUGAAUUACCAAAAUAAAGAUCUAUUAUGGAAGAACUUAGUCCAAUAAGUUCAUUUUCUUUAGAUUAACAACGUAAUGAAUCAAAUAAAGAAGAUUAAUUUUAAUUUAUUAUUACUAAAUGA